AUGGCGACCGAGGCGGAGAGCUCGGACUUCCGGCGGAAGAGAAUGGCGAAACAGUUCGAAAAGCCAGCGUCUCCCGAGCCCAUGGACUCCGAAGAGGACGGCGGCCCGCCGUUGGAAACCGACACAUCCUCGUCCUCCGAGAAAGACAACUUGUCUCUGCUGCUCAGGCUGAGAGCACAGACAAAACAACAACUCUUGGAAUAUAAAUCAAUGGUUGAAGCAAAUAAAGAAAAAACUCUGGAACAAAUCACAGAGGAAAGGCAAAUCAAAACUCAAAUUGAAGACCUGGAAAAUAAAAUUGAAGAGGUAAAAAUUGAUCUGCAAACAAAAAAACUUAUAUUAAACAGGGUACAGCUUUCAGCUGCACUCAAAAAAUACCUGGAGAAAUCUGAUACCAAGACAAGUGUGCUCAUGGAUAAUAUGAAGCACCUAUUAGAACUGAAUAAUUUAAUAAUGAAAUUGCAACAGGAAUCAUGGGAUUUGGAGGAAAAACUGUUGAAUGUUAGGAAGAAGAGAUUGCAAUUAAAACAAUCUUCAGAAAGUAAGUUUUUAGAAAUACAGACAGAAAAGAAUAAACAAAAAGAAGAUUUGGCGUUGGAAAAUUCAGACAAGAUGAAGACCAUACAUCAAAACCUACAGAUGGAGAUACACAUUACUACAGUUAUUCAGCAUGUGUUCCAGAAUCUAAUUUGUGGGAGUAAAAUCAAUUGGGCAAAGGAUCCUGCCCUGAAGAAAAUUGUUCUUCAGCUUGAAAAGAACUUCGCUGAGAUCAAAUAG